UGUUAAUUGAACAUUGGGUUGGCGCUUAGUUCGAUUUUUCACCGAAAUGAAGGUUGAAGCUGUAUUACUGUCAAUAUUUCUGUCUUUAGUUAGCGCUAGGAUUGACUGUGAAAAAAGCGUGAAAUUGGAGGUUUAUUUUGAAGAUGUUCACCAACAUGAAAUAUCGUAUAAAAAAGCUUAUGUGAAUAAGUCUAUUCCUGUAGAGUUGAGAUAUAUGGUUUUCACUGAGAAGAAAGAAAUCGAUCCUGAAACAAUUACAUGGAAACACAAUGAUGUGGUAAUGAAUAUUGGUGACAGUGAUAACCAAGAUGUCUAUUACAAAUAUGACAAAACUGCUCUUGGUUAUGUAAUUUUACUUCAUCUGAAAAUGCCAACUCCUCGUGUCACUGGUACUUGGACUCUUACUGUCAAUACAAAGGAUGGUGCACCACAUAGUGGAAAUUGUCAAAUUACAUCUCAACCUAUAAUCCGUUCAAGAUUCAGCGCUGUUCGUGGUCAUGAAGGCAGUCCAUUAUCAGUUUUGUGUGAAAUUGAUGGUUUCCCUGCAGCAAAUCAAGUUAGCUGGAAACGUCUUGUAGAGAAAAAAGAUGGGCGUUCUGCACAACUAUUACCAGUGACGAAUGCCAUUUUCAAACCUCACGAAACAACUAGAGAUGCUAUAAUGGAAUGGAGUGAUGCAUCAGAUUCAACUGGAUUUUAUUUAUGCACAGCUACAUCAAGAUUAGGAUCAGAUAGUCAAUUAUUAGAAGUUCGUAUUAAAAGCAAAUUGGCUCCAUUAUGGCCUUUCAUCGGAAUUAUUGCUGAAAUCUUGGUCCUUGGCAUUAUAAUAUUGGUUUAUGAACGAGCUCAAGCUAAACGUCGUCGUGAAGAGGAACGUGCUACUCUGUUGAAACCAAAUCCAGAAAGUGAUCGUUGUUAAAUAAUGGACUGACUGACUGACUGGUUAUGUGCGCAGUCCAUUACACACACACAGCGACAAGUCAUCACUAUUUCGGGAGUAGAACAAAAUUGACUUUUAAUCAUUAGUGUUUAAUCUCAAUCAAUACCUCUCACUGACUGACUGCCGGACUCACAUAGACACUCACACACACAAACACACACUCUCUGUUUGUGUCAGUCUGUUUCGUGUGUGUUAAUAUAAUAACUUUCUUCAUUUAGCCAAUUUUAUAUAGCUUACUAUGGAAUACAUAUACAUAUAUAUAUCAUUGGAAAUUCAAUUUUUAAAAAAUAUUUUAUUUUACUUUUUCUGAUACGGGAUAUUAUUUGUACUACUAUCUAAUCAUGGUUAUGAUUACGAUAAUGAUGAUGACAAUGGCGUGGCAAAAUUUACUCAAUCUCAUCGCAUACUUUUUCCCAUGCUGUUUCACCACUUUGUGCUCAUUAUUACGUAAUACUUUUUGUCUUUUUUUAAAGAUAUUUUAUUUUGCCUAGUUUGUCGCUUUGAUUGAUGGAGUGUGUCAUUUAGUUCUCUGUUAUUAUAGCCCUCAUCAUCAUGCUGCCUCCCCCUCCCUCCUAUACACAUAUAUACCCACCCAAUCUUCUCCUCUGACACCUUCCCCCCUCUCGUCUCACAGAUGCAGGAUAUAUUGUUUCUAACACUACACACACACAUGCAUAUAUCUGUCCAUAUAUAUUACACGUGUAUUCAAUUGUGAUCUUGUUUUAGUCCAGUAUCUACUAUCCUCUCUUAAUAUCUCUCUCUUAUUUUUUAUGCCCUUCUCCCCCCCAACCCCAUCCCAGGCCCCCCCUUCAUGUUCUAUUCACUAUUCCUACUUAUUACUAAUAUUAUGCUGAGUAGAAUUCAUUUCAGUUGUCAUUGCUUGCCUAUCUAUCUACAUAAUAUAUAUCUUGCCUGCUCUUCUAGUUUUUUAUAAUUUCAUUUUAAUGGAUAUAUAUACAACUCAGUAAAUUUUUAAAGAAAUAAAUAUAUUACUACUUAGAAUCAUUUUAUUUUUUGAUUGUUCAUGAUUUAUUC